AUGGCGGCGGCCCCGGAGGAGGAGGUGGACCGCAGACCGAUCCGGAGGGUCCGGUCCAAGAGUGACACGCCCUACAUCAACGAGGCGAGGAUUUCUCUGCACCUGGAAACAGAACUACUGGUGGAUGAAUGUCCCUGUUUGUUCCUGCAGGAGAAUCACUGCAGGCGCAUAAAGAUACUGGGCGACUGCUACUACUGCGUGUCCGGACUGACCCAGCCCAAAGCGGACCACGCCCACUGCUGCGUGGAGAUGGGCCUGGACAUGAUUGACACCAUCGCGUCAGUGGUGGAGGCCACUGAGGUGGAUCUGAACAUGCGUGUUGGUCUGCACACGGGACGGGUGCUGUGUGGCGUGUUAGGCCUCAGGAAAUGGCAGUAUGACGUGUGGUCAAACGAUGUCACACUGGCCAAUGUGAUGGAGGCUGGCGGGCUGCCCGGCAAGGUGCACAUCACAAGGACGACCCUGGAGUGUUUGAAUGGAGACUACGAGGUGGAACCAGGCUUCGGCCACGAGAGGCAUGCUUUCCUUCAGAAACAUCAUAUAGAGACAUUUUUCAUCGUGCCAUCACACAGACGCAAAAUCUUUCCAGGUCUGAUUCUGUCCGACAUAAAACCAGCCAAGAGGAUGAAGUUUAAGACCGUGUGUUACUUGCUGGUACAGUUAAUGCACUGUAGGAAGAUGUUCAAGGCCGAGAUCCCCUUCUCCAACGUCAUGACCUGUGAGGAUGACGACAAACGGAGAGCCCUGCGCACCGCGUCGGAGAAGCUGCGGAGCCGCACGUCCUUCUCCGCCUCGGCCGCGCAGCACUCGCCGGGAACACGAGUCAACCGCUACAUCGGGCGCCUCAUCGAAGCGCGGCAGACCGAGUCGGAGACGUCGGACCUCAACUACAUCACCCUGUUUUACCGGAGCAGAGACCGGGAGCGCAGGUAUCACCAGGUGUACGACGACCACUUCAUCAGUGCAGCGGUGCUCUCCCUGAUCCUGGCUGCUCUGUAUGGCCUCAUCUACCUGCUAAUGAUUCCACAGGGGGUGCUGGUGCUGCUGCUGCUCGUGCUCUGCGUUUGUUUCCACGUGGCCUGUGUCAUGUACCUGCAUCUCACCAGUGUUCAGUGCCAACCAGGCUGCCUCACCAUCCAGAUCCGCACCGUUCUGUGCAUCUUCCUUGUUCUGCUCACCUACUCUGUCACCCAGGCCUGUGUGGUGGGCUGUGUUCCCUGGGGGAGGAUUAGCGUGAACUCCAGCCGGCCUGUGGAGGACGCCCCCAACAGCACGGCUGCAGACAGGGGUUGUCCCAACAUGGCCUACGCGCUGCUCUCCUGUGUGGCAGGGACGCUCACCAUCGUCCCUUACCUCCGCGUCUCCUCGCUCCCCAAGAUCCUCCUGCUCCUCCUCCUCUCUGUCACCUACACCGUUGUCAUGGAGACCAGCGGCUAUCGCCAAGCUGUGGGCGGUGGCUUCCUCCACACGCGUGGUUACGACCCUGUGCUGGCCAUCCUGCUGUUUUCCGGAGCUCUGGCUCUUCAUUCAAGACAACUGGACCUGAAGCUGCGACUCGACUAUCUGUGGGCUACUCAGGCUGAGGAGGAGCGGGACGACAUGGAGAAAGUCAAGCUGGACAACAAGCGGAUCCUGUUCAACCUGCUGCCAGCUCAUGUGGCUCAGCACUUCCUCAUGUCAAACCCCAGGAACAUGGACCUCUACUACCAGUCCUACGCUCAGGUCGGAGUGUUGUUCGCCUCCAUUGCCAACUUCAACGAUUUCUACAUCGAGCUCGAUGGGAACAACAUGGGAGUCGAGUGUCUGAGGCUGCUGAAUGAGAUAAUCGCCGACUUUGAUGAGCUGAUGGAUAAAGAGUGCUACAGGGAUAUUGAGAAGAUCAAGACCAUCGGCAGCACAUACAUGGCAGCGGUUGGACUGGUUCCUACAACAGCUUCUAAGACGAAGAAGUCCAUCACCUCGCACCUAUGCACUGUGUCCGACUUCGCCAUUGAGAUGUUCGACGUCCUGGACGCCAUCAACUACCAGUCGUACAACGACUUUGUCCUGCGAGUAGGGAUCAAUGUGGGGCCAGUGGUGGCUGGCGUGAUCGGAGCCAGGAGGCCUCAGUAUGAUAUCUGGGGAAACACGGUGAACGUAGCCAGCAGGAUGGACAGCACUGGAGUACAAGGAAAGAUACAGGUGACUGAAGACGUUCAUCGCCUCAUCGCAGACUACUAUGACUUUGUUUGCCGCGGCCAGGUCAGCGUGAAGGGCAAAGGUCAGAUGCUCACCUACUUCCUUGGGGGACGCAAGCAGGGCAGCAGAGCGUGCCACACGCAGCAGAACCCGGAGCGGCGCUCCAGCGCCUUCGCCCAGGGCAGCGUGUGCACCAGGCUGAGCCCGGCGCCGACAGUCACGUCCUACGCCUCCAUGAGGACGCCGAGCCCUAGCACGGCUAAAGCCUCCACUUCCACCUCCACUAGGUUCCUACCCUCCGUUCCCCUGGCGAUGGUGUGAUGGAUGUCGUCUCCAUGGUGACUGUGAAAACAAGGAAGUGAUGGAGGAGUUGCAUGUGAAUUGGAGAGACCUCCUUGUACUCUGCUCCAGGCCUCUGGAGGAUGAGACGCCCGUGGGAGACGUGUCCUCAGAAACACGGGUCUGAGGUGGCGGCCUCAGUCAGAUCCUGUUUGUUGUUUCAAACUGCAGGGCGACAUGAACAGGAUCCAGGAUGCUUUAGCCACGUUGCACUGUAAUCAAAGGCCAAGGACGUCUCCCAGCUCGCAGAGUCGACUUCCCCAAAAAAUGGUCUACAACGAAAUGAAGAAUAGAAACCCAUUGGAAGCACAAAGCCCCCGUCAACGGCCACAUCCGGAAAUUCCUCUGACUUCAGCCGAGUAUAAACCAAAACAGUGCUGUUGCCUUAGCGACCGCUCCUUACGACGAGUCUCUUGCCCAUGUUUUACGUUUUCGUUGCCUUUUUGAUGCUUUAUUGAUUCGUUGGGCACCAAGUCAGAUAAAUUACUUGCUGGGCCAUUGUUGUCCAUGAGAUACACGUGUUUCUAAGUGAAUUUAGCCAAAUGUAUAAUUGUACACGGCAGUAAAUUGUAAAGACUUGCCAAAAUGCAACAGGGCGUUGCCUUUAAUGGUUUCCGGGUGACACAGCACACGAGCUGAGCUCCUGCUCCCGUCUUUACGUGCACGAUGCCACUGCUGCAUUCAGUCAUGUUUGCCGUCUGUUUCCCUGUGAUGCUUGACUUCCAGAAUCUUCCUCGUCAAAGUGUAGCAAUAAGCUGUUUGUCUCUGGGCUGUCCACCCCCUGCAUGCUGUAGCCAGCUGGACCCUCUUUGACCUGAUAGUGUAUGUAGCCAAUAGAGUGUGCAUAACCAGCCACACGGUCUGUAUCUCUGUGGACUUGAUGCAUGACUUGGAAAACUUAUUUUCAGUAUUGUGUGAGUGUGAUUCCUUCCUCAUAGGACAAUAUUGAAAAAAUAUUUUUUUUUCGUGUGCUUGUUUAUGAAGAAAUUUUUUAUUGUUACUAUUUUUAUGAACUACAAACUGCUUUGGUAGAGUAAAGAAAACUGCUGUUUAUGAGGAGACAUCCAAACCUCUGCGACUGGGAUCCAGAUGAUUUAUUUGACGGUACAGCGCGCUACUCACGGUACGGCUUACCACAGCCUCCUCUCGUGUGUCCCAGCAUGCACUGCCUGCAAGCCUGUGGCUCCUACAUGCAUGCUUUAUGAAACAUUACAACAGGCUGAGCAGCGGACGCAGUGACUCUGUGUAAUGUAGUCUCAUGCAUGCGCUAACGGUAGCGGUCCUCUUGAAUGUAAGGUGCUUCUUGACCUGUGUCUUCUUCAUGAGCUUGGUGCGUGAACCGUUUUUGAGGGGAUGCUGCAGGAUCGCCUGGCGCCAGGCCGGGCGUCCUUCUCCUCCCUGCUCCUGCUGAAAUCAACAGGUAGCUGGUUUUCAAACGUGCCAACCUAUUUUCAUAAACAUAUCAAACUUUUCGUGUGGAGCUGUAGCACAACUGAACGUUUGGCUACACUUGUUGUGGAUUUUCUUUUUUAAAUGCCUAUAUUUUUACUGUUUAAGCUGUUCCUCAACAGUUUUGUAACUCAGUAUGAUGGCAAGUGUUUCUGAGAGAUUUAUUUAGAAACCAGAACCUGAAACGAUCAAUUGUUGUACUUAUGAUCACAUUUAAAAUAAUAUAAAGUCUAUAGUAGCUUGAAUCCUUACUAUGAGUUUGUAAGAGGUUAGAAAUGAGGAUUUUUAUACACUUGCUUUAAUGGAAAGUUGAUGGAAAGGAGCUAUGUAUAAUAUUUUUCUUGUAAAUUGGAUAUUUUCAUACUGUACGAUACGGGUUUUAAUUGUUAUAUGUGGGUAUUAAUGGAUAUUAUUGUACAUUGAGUCUUUUUCAAAGAUCUAUUAUGAAUGAUCCAAUAUUUGUCAAGUUCUUUUGUUGAAGAUGUAUUUAUUGAGAUGUUUUAUGUGAAUGUAAAUUUUGUUAAAGAUGAUAUUUUAUACUAAGUGUUUGCACUGCGAUGAUAUUGACGUAUGACGAUGACGAGAAUAAAGCCAGGAGUCAGA